AAAUGGAUGUAGGUACGGGUGUGGGUGUGGGUACGGGUGUGGGUGCCGGGAAAGCGGGGAUAGCAAGGGUUCAAUGCUAAUGGUACCAUCUGAGACAUAUCUAAAAGCAAUAGCUUAAUGAUGUUUGCACUUAAAAACGAUGAUCAAAUAAUAACCCAAUUUUUAUUGUCUAUUAUUUCCCCUUUAUUGCUGGACCCCUCUAAAUUAGUUUUUCUUAAAAAUCACCAGUUUUCGUUAAAUAUAUAUCCCCUGACUAGCUUCAUGAGUCACUAGUUUUUCUUACUCGUUUAAUAAAAAAUGAAUUCAAAUUAUCAAAUGAAUCAGUUUAAUCUAUUUGGUAAGAGUCCCUCGCCUCACCAGUAUCUCGAAGAACGAAGAUAUCUGAAUAGUAUUUGGUCUCAACCGAAUACUCAGCCCAAUUCCCGAUCGAAUUCCGAUUCUAAUCAGUUAAUUUGGAAUACUCCCAAUUACAAUCGCAAAUCUUUAGGUGGUGUGAGUUCCUCGCCGCAAUUUUCUCCCCAACUUAAUGAAGUGAAUCCAUUUGAUAAUCCAAAUUUAACCAAAUUUGAGUUAAAUUUAAGAAGACAUUCUUACGGAGAUGUUUAUAAUCGACAGUAUUCGAUUUCAAAUGAAGUCAAACAACCAAAAGUUCCUUCAUUUUUACCCGAUUACAGCUAUACAUUAGAAUCGAUUAAUGAAUAUUUUGAAAUGGAUUUUCAUGAACGGGUUAAAGUUAGUUUAAAUUUUUUGGAAGAACGAUUUUUCAAUGAAGAAAAAUAUUUGGGAGAUUCGUACCAAUUACCAAGAUUUCCAGUGGAGAAUCUGUUGAGAAACUACCAAUUAGUUCUUGUGGGUUUCAAAGCGGGAAGAAUUGAUGUUUUUUAUUUACCUUCCAAUAAUGAAGAGUUGCAAAAUAUCAAACUUGGCGACUUGGUGAUUGUGGAGGCGGAUCGCGGUCGCGAUAUUGGUAAAGUUUUCAAAUUGAAUAUUUCAAUUGAUGAAGCUAGAUUAAUGAAGUUAUUGCAAUUUCAAGAACAACAAGCUGCCUUGAAUGAAUUUAAUGGUGGUGGGAUGAAUGAAUUAUCAAUCACUAAAAGUGAAUCAAAUAAUUUGCCCCCAACUUUACAUUUCCCUAAAUCCAUCUUGCAACUAGCCCAACCAAAUGAAAUCAUUCAAAUUUUAAAUAAAAAACAGGAUGAAGAAAAAGCUUGUAGAUUAUGUUUAGCUAAAAUAGCUAACAAUUUAUCCAAUGGUUCAAACGAAUUAAAACAAAUGAAAUUAAUCGAUGCUGAAUAUCAAUUUGAUCGUAAAAAAUUGAUUUUUUAUUAUUCCACUAAUCAUAGAAUUGAUUUUAGAGACUUAGUAAGAGAAUUAUUUAGAAUUUAUAAAACUAGAAUUUGGAUGUGUGCUGUUACGGGGAUCCCCUAUAUCUCAAAUCAAAAAAUUCACUACAACAAUCCUUUUGCUAUUCAAUCAGCUCACCAAUCAGGUCCCCAGUCGGCACCAAAUCCAGUUCAAAAGCCAAUUCAGCCAAUUCAGCCAAUUCAGCCAAUUCAGCCAAUUCAACAAAUUCAGCCAAUUCAACAAAUUCAGCCAAUCCAACAAUUACAAUCGGUUCCCCAAUCGGCUCCAAACUUCCAACCCUGGUCCGCUACACCUAGACAGCUAAUUGACAACCAGGACGAAAAGGACUCGCCCGGCGAGUCCUACAUGCUAAAGUCUUUGGUUGAUUCAAUUAACUUUUAAUGAUUAAUGAUGGGUAUAUAGGUUAUUUAUAUAGGAAUAGAUGUUUACUUCACCUCCGUACCUUUUGACUCGGUUCUCCGUUUCCGGGCCGGAUUUCUCAAUCCGUAAACCAUUCUGUAAACCAGAUUACAAUAUUCAUACAAUAUUCAUACAAUAUUCAUACAAUAUUCAAUACGUUCAAUACAAUCUAAGCCAAUCGAUACAAUCUAUACCCAUUGC